AUGUAUCUUUUGUCCAGUUUGAUCAUUUUUGUUUUUGUUGAUCAGGUGGCACUGAAAUACGUGUACACAUCCAGGCAUCUGGAUUAUGUCAGCAUCCCGGGUCGUCCUGAACCCCUUCCGCGUGAGGUGGCUCUUCAGAUGCGUGCCUGUGAGAAUGGCCACUGUCCUGAGAUUGUCCAGCUCUUGGACUGGCAGGAACAUACGGACCGCUACAUCAUGGUCCUGGAGUGCCCUUCUCCCUGCGAGGGUUUGAAUAAAUUAGUUGAGAGCCAAGGGGGAGAGCUCGACGAGGAAUUAGCGAAACGCAUCAUGUGGCAGUCAUCCUUAGCUGCCAACAUGUGCUGUGAACAGGGGGUUUUCCACCGUAAUAUCACGCUGGAGAACUUCCUUAUCAGAACAGACACCAUGGACGUCAAACUGAUCAACUUCGGGUGCGGCGAUCUACUUAAAACGUCGACCUACAAGACGUUCACAGGCACAAGAGAAUACGUCUGCCCUGAAUUUUUAAAAACCGGCGAGUACUAUGGAAAGCCGGCGACGGUGUACUCGCUCGGGGUGCUGCUGUUCGCCAUGUUGUGCGGGAAAUACCCCAGCUCUAAUGACCGGCUCUCCAUCAAUGAAAGGGUCUGGUCCAAAGACGGCUUGACUGAAGAAUGCUGCCGUCUGGUUCAAGACUGUCUGCAGGAGGAUCCAGAGAAACGUAUUGGUCUGGAAAGGCUCCUUGAACACGAGUGGUUUCAGUGCAAAGAUCAUGCAGACGACCUCCAGACUCCCGUCAACUCAGAUCAGACUGAAGAGAAGCUGGAGGAUGUUAAGAAGUCCAAGGUGUUCAUUCGGAAAAUCAAUGGCUGCCAGUAUAAGGUCGGCAGAAAGCUGGGUCAAGGCGGUUUUGGAACAGUCUAUGAAGCGACCCGUGUGCAUGAUGGCUUGCAGGUGGCAGUGAAAUAUGUCCGGAAGACCGCGUUAGUAAUCAAUGACUAUAUCUACAUUCCGGGGCAUCCUAAACCAAUUCCUCGAGAGGUCGGUCUUCAGAUGCUUGCCUGUGCGGGAGAACAUGUUCCUGUGAUCAUCCAGUUUCUGGACUGGCAGGACUUUACGGACCACUACGUCAUGGUCCUAGAGCACCCUUUUCCCUGCAUGGACGUGAAGCAUUUCGUGAAGCAAAAUGGAGGCACUGUCACCGAGAAGAUAGCGCGGUUAAUCUUGAGGCAAGCGGCCGAAGCCGCUGAAGUCUGCUGCAAACGGGGGGUUUUCCAUAGGGACAUAAAAAUGGACAACCUCCUGAUUAACACCAAAACCCUGGAGGUCAAAUUAAUCGACUUCGGGUGUGGCGAUCUUCUCAAAAGCUCGACUUAUCAGGAGUUUAUGGGCACACGGAAAUACGCUAGCCCUGAAUGGCGCAAAAAGCGCAAGUAUCAAGGAAAGACGGCGACGGUGUACUCGCUAGGAAUGCUGCUGUUCGUCAUGUUGUGAGGGAAAUACCCCAGCCUUCAUGACCUGUUCUUGAUCAAUGAGUGGUUAUGGAACAAAGAAGGCUUGACUCAAGAAUGCUGCCGGUUCGUUGUAGACUGUAUGCAGGAGA